ACCCCCCUCCCCUCCCUCCUCCCCUCUUCGCUAUGCUGCGCUCUCGCCGGGCCCCUCAGCCCGCUCGACGCACGGCGGCGAUGGAGCCGGCCGGGUUCCUCUGAGGCCGCCGCCGGACCCAGCAUGGCCUCGGCGGGGUCCCCGCAGCAGCGGCUCCCCGGGGCGGAGCGGCCGGCGGCGGCGGCGGGGGGCCGGGCGGAGGCGCCGCGGUGCCGCAGUCUGCCCGCGCUCGGCUCCCCCCUGGCGGCCGGGGGGGGCGGCGGCGGCCCGCCGAGCCCCGCCGGGGGACCGACUCCCGAGGCCGAGCGGGCCGAGGGCGCCGCUGCCGUCGCCGAGCCUGCCCGGACCCCCGCCGCCGCCGGUGGCAGCGGCAGCUUCCCCUGGAAGACGGAGGGCAGCCAGCCGGCGGCGCCCGGCCGAGGGGUAUCCCUGGGCCCCCCGCUGCUGCUGCCGCCGCCGCCACCGGCGCUGCUGCUGGCGGGCCCCCCGGGCAGAGCGUGCCUGCGGGCAGUGCUGGCGGAUUCGCGCUUCUUCCUGGUGUGCAUGUGCUUCCUGACCUUCAUCCAGUCCCUCAUGGUCUCCGGCUACCUGAGCAGCGUCAUCACCACCAUCGAGCGGAGAUACAGCCUCAAGAGCUCGGAGUCGGGGCUGCUGGUCAGCUGCUUCGACAUCGGGAGCCUGGUGGUGGUGGUCUUCAUCAGCUACUUUGGGGGUCGCGGGCGGAGGCCGCUCUGGCUGGCCGUAGGGGGGCUUUUCAUCGCCCUGGGCGCUGCGCUCUUCUCCUUACCUCACUUCAUCUCUCCGCCGUACCAGAUCCAGGAACUGAACUCCUCCGUCAGUAACGAGGGCUUGUGCGUGGCUGGCAAUGGCACUGCCAAAGAGCAGUGGGACUCCUCGGCCUGCAUCAAGGACACCGGCGGAAAUGACCACUCUCUCUAUGUAGCUUUAUUCAUUUGUGCCCAAAUCCUCAUUGGCAUGGGCUCGACACCCAUCUAUACCUUGGGACCAACCUACUUAGAUGACAAUGUCAAGAAAGAAAACGCCUCGCUUUACCUAGCCAUCAUGUACGUAAUGGGAGCACUUGGACCUGCAGCUGGGUACUUACUAGGAGGACUUCUUAUUGGUUUCUAUGUUGAUCCUAGGACAGCUGUGUACAUUGACCAGAGCGAUCCCCGAUUCAUUGGAAACUGGUGGAGUGGAUUUCUCCUUUGUGCCAUUGCAAUGCUCCUUGUGAUAUUUCCCAUGUUUACCUUUCCGAAAAAGCUCCCUCCUCGACAUAAAAAAAAGAAAAUGAACUCCGAUGAUGUUUCAAGUGAUGAUGAUGUGAUGAAAGAGAAAACAAGCAGCAAAACAGAAACAGACAGUUCAGUUUCUGCCUCUAUGGGAUUUGGAGAGAAUGUUAAAGAGCUUCCAAGAGCAGCUGUCAGGAUCUUAAGCAACAUGACAUUCCUUUUUGUGAGUUUGUCAUACACAGCUGAGAGUGCCAUUGUCACAGCUUUUAUUACCUUCAUUCCCAAGUUCAUCGAGUCACAGUUUGGCAUCCCAGCUUCCAAUGCCAGCAUCUACACUGGUGUGAUUAUUGUCCCAAGUGCCGGUGUUGGCAUUGUCCUAGGCGGCUACAUUAUAAAAAAGCUGAAACUCGGUGCAAGAGAGUCUGCAAAGCUGGCCAUGAUCUGCAGUGGUGUAUCUCUGCUGUGCUUUUCAACACUCUUCAUUGUUGGAUGUGAAAGCAUUAAUCUGGGGGGAAUAAAUAUACCUUACACAACUGGUCCCACUCUUGCCAUGGCCCACAGGAAUCUGACUGGAAGCUGUAAUGUUAACUGUGGAUGUAAGAUUCAUGAGUACGAACCUGUCUGUGGAUCAGAUGGAAUAACAUAUUUUAAUCCUUGCCUAGCUGGCUGCAUCAGUGGUGGAAACCACAGCACAGGGGUCAGAAAUUACACAGAAUGUGCCUGCGUGCAGAGUCGCCAGGUGAUCACCCCGCCGACAGUGGGCCAGCGCAGUCAGCUCCGGCUGGUGAUUGUCAAAACCUACCUGAACGAGAACGGCUACGCCGUGUCUGGGAAGUGUGAUCGAACCUGCAACACACUCAUCCCCUUCCUCAUCUUCCUCUUCAUCGUAACCCUUAUAACAGCAUGUGCCCAGCCAUCGGCAGUCAUAGUGACACUCAGGUCUGUGGAGGAUGGAGAGCGGCCCUUUGCACUAGGAAUGCAGUUUGUUUUAUUAAGAACUCUUGCUUACAUUCCCACUCCAAUUUAUUUUGGGGCUGUUAUUGACACCACGUGCAUGCUUUGGCAACAGGAUUGCGGCGUACAAGGAUCUUGUUGGGAAUACGAUGUCACCUCGUUUCGUUUUGUCUACUUCGGGUUGGCAGCUGCUCUCAAGUUCGUGGGAUUCUUUUUUAUUUUCCUGGCCUGGUAUUCCAUAAAGUGUAAAGAAGAACAACUGCAGAGGCAGAGUUGGCGGGCUUCGCCGGUGAACACUGUGAGUGAGAUGGUUGGACAAGCCGGACCCCAACAAAACUAUGCACGGACGAGAUCCUGCCCUACCUUCAGUUCCCAAGGAGACAUCAGUGUGGCACAAGGAAUGAACUGCUUAGCACAGACCUACCCCGGCCCUUUUUCAGAAGCAAUAAAUUCCUCAAAUGAAAAUGCAUUGGAAGUCACUGUUGAGAUAUAGACCCCCGGCUUGGUAAUGUAAUAUUUAGUUUUGUUGGUUGGCUUAGUUACGGCGCCUUGUAAAACACCUGUGCCUUCUAUUUUUAAUCUAAAUGUAACACAUGAUAAAACCAACAAAGCUUGAUGCAAACAACCAUAAUAUGUUCCUGAGGGCUGGAUACCUCAAACCAACCCAAGUUCUUAAUUCUCCCCUCCCAACAAUGGAGUUUUAAAAAUUGUGUUUGUAAUUAUUUCAGAUGUGUCCAUUAAAUGUCCAUGCUCUGAUCUAAUAUCAUUGUAAAUUUGAGGUGUUAUGAACAGCAGAAGUCAGUGGAAGAGCGGCAAAAACUCAUAUUGUUGAUGUCUAGACUCACAAAAAUGCUUAAAUGUACUGUCAACUUCAUAUCCGCAAAUUGUAUUUUUAAUAGAUGAGUAAUUACUGUGAGUUCUGCUACAAAGCACAACUGAACUUAUUUAAACUAUGCAACUUAUUUGGAUAAUUGUAUGUGCAGCAAAUUAAGUUUAAAACUUGCUUUUAAAGACGUUACUGCAAUUGAAUUUGAAAGGGGCUAUUUUAAGGCAUAAUCAUUAAAUUAAAAAAUAACAUAAGGUUUAAAGUACUGUUAAUAACAUGUCAAGCCAUACAAAGAUUUAUGCAUCAGGUAGCGUUUGCAAAUGUUGAGUUGUAACAUCUUUAUCCUGUCAAAAUGGGCAUUAAUUUUCAUAAUUGGGUUGUAGUCAUUCUUCAUGAAGUAUAUAGGAUACUGUAAUGCUUGAAGUAAAAAACUUCAGUAUUGGUUUAUAGUAACAAGAUGUAGGAAUCAUACACACAUACCAGUGCAGAUAUGUGCAUACUUCUGCAGUGUUAUUUGGGUGACUCUUACUAGCACCAAAUCCAUACUUUCCUGAAGAAGAAGACAGCUGGUUAUAGCUUGGUAGGAAGUUUGGCUGUCCUUCAGAGUUGUGUGCCAGUCUAGUUCAGCUUCAGUGGUAAAGCCCUGAAAGAGAGCUAGUGGCCUCCUGUGUUGUCUGGGACCUGGCGGGUCCCUCGCAGCCAGCGGCAGCAGAGUUCAGGCUGCGGGAGUGAGCAGAGGAGCCCCUCAGGGGGCUGUGAGCAGCCUGCCCAUCGUGGGCAGAGCCAGCUGGGAGGCUCUCCCUGCACUCUGGCACUGCCGAGGCUCUGCCACCCAGGGCAGCUGGGCAGGAGGGCUGGCUCAGACCUCUGACUUCUGCCACACUUCGGCCUCUCUGGCUGCCCGGUGCUGGGCAGGCUGGUGGGAUGGGCCUGGAGGUCCUAGUUGUGUGGUUUUUCCUUGUCCAUCUGCCCUUCCUUUUCUCAGCUUCACUGAAAGCUCCUGUGAAGGCAGAGGGGGAGUUUGUCUCUUUUUUGGCCCUCCAGGUGAAGAGCAAAGGAUAGAAAUUAUUGGCAAGUGUGGACUCACAGGACAUGAUGUGACCUUUGUUUAUUCUAAAUUACUAUAGUGUGUUUUCUCCCUGGGAGAUGCUGAGACUUUCUAAUCAAAUGUGCUUGGCAUUUAAUUUCUUGCUCUGGAGGCUUUGUAGUGCCAUGCUCAUGAAGUAGUAAUGAUGUCUCAAAGGGCAUAAAAUUAUGUCAGUUGGACACUGAGAAGUCAAGGCUGUAUUAUGCCCUGCAGGGGAAAUCUUAGAAGUGUAGGAAAUUAAAAAGCGGUCUUUUAAGAGGAUCAGUGAUAGUCUGGUUUGGAUUUUGCAUAGUAGAGAACUUGUGUGAAAAUAAAUAGGAAAGAGCAGAGCUUCUACAUAUUUUUGAACAGAGUUACUCCUGAUUUAAUUUUUCAAUUUAGAACACGUGUAUUGAUCAAGUACUAUAUGGAACCAAGUCCUUUAAAAUGAAGGCAGUACUCUUGUUGGCAUCCGUUGAGUUUUCCUGGGAAGAGAUUUCCCUCUCUGCCUUUGCCAACUGCCUUUUGUCAUCAUGUGGAUCCUCUUGUAGCACAUGGGACUACCUGUGGGGCUGCUUAUUUCAGAAUGUCUCGGUCCAUUUAUGUAGUCUGUAACAAUUCUUACUCUUCCUGUCUGAAAACUCUGAUUCUUCUACCCCAAACACAGAGGAAUAUUGUUUUGAUCUCUUCCUACAAUUCUGUCCAUAUUCACAGCUUUUUUUGGGUUAAACCUGAGAAUGUCUGUUCUUCUUACGCAGCCACCACAUAUAAUGUGUCUUCAGCCAGCACACACUUCUUGAGAUAAUUGGCUUCUUCCUGUCCUGAGAAAUAAAUUUCCUUGGCUCGAAGGUGCUUGUUGCUAUAGGAGAUCAGAAUAGAUGAUAAGAAUGUUUCCUUUUGCUUCAGUCUGGAAUGCUUGUGGCAUCAAGAAUUGUCUACCAUGGCAAAAAUUGGCAAAGUAGUAGGAGAAAGUGUAACUGCAGCCCAGCACUUGUCCACUUUUAUCACUUCCCCAUUUUAAUCAUCACUGGGAGAAGUGAAGAGUGACAAUCUUUUCAAAUACCUCAGAAACAGAGCACUUAGGGAAUUGUAAAAGACUGAAGAUUAAUCAUCUAUCCUGAUCUCUUGUAUUUCAUGCCUUGUGUGCUUCUGUUCCAUACAAAAAUCAAGGGUGAGCAGAUUAGGACUGUUAGGAACUAGGUGGCACUGAUGCCAAAGAACGAGAGUGAUAAAAGUGACACUUCUGCAGCUGCUGCUGUUUCUGGGCUUUCAAGGGAUUUCAGAGCUUGUUGCAAUGGAGACCAUCUACUGUUUAGGAUAUCCUGACCUUUCAACUUCAAAGAACAUUCAUAUUCCCUAGAUGGUUGAAAAAGUGUAAUGUAGAAAGAACAAUGUUAACUUUGGAAAUACUGAAAAAACCUUCUAUACACACUUUCAAUUUUAAUUUUUAAUGAGAAUUUAAAUUUUAUUUUUUCUUUGAGAAUUAUAUGCAAAACAAAAUAUAAUUCUUUACUUUUCAAACAGAUGUUUUCCAGCAUUGUCAUUGACCUGUACAUGGACUGAGACCUGCUGAACACUGUUCUGAGGCUGUCAUUGCUGGAGGAGGCAGAAUCUCCAGACAUUGAGUGCAGUCCUAGCAGUACUUAUGGUUGACACAUGGUGCUAAACUGACUUCACAGGAACUAAAAAAGAACUCUGCCUGUCAUCUGGUGAAGGGGCCCAUGCUGUCUUCUUACUGUGAGAUCCUCUCACCACAGAACAUAAAAUUCCAUUAGGAUGUAAUUUUUGCCACCUUCCCUCUCUAUCCACAAAAGGUUUGGUAGCAGUGAGUACAAGAAAAGGUGAAGCAGGUGUCCUGCUUACCCACAACCUGCUCUUAGUAGCAAAUCCCAGUCACAUGCAGCUUACCAGGCAGUGAUAACAUGGAGCAGCAACAUCUGGUGAUGGUCAAAGUGUCACCAUGCCCUCAUAGGAACAGACUAACUCCCUCUUAGUCCUGGUUUAGAGUGAGGAACAUGAGAGGAGAAGUAGCCCAAAUAUAUGGUCUUGAGUGAACAGGUUAAUUGUCCUUGCUUAGCUUCCCAUUCACCCUUGUUUCCUCAAAAAGGAGAAAACUUCAGAAUGGAUGCAGCCAUGCCCUUGGGUGCUUAUGAAUGCAGCACCCUCAGGAGAUUAUUUGUAGAUCUUUGCAGGGCUGGAAUAAUCUGGAGAGUAGGACUCUCCAUGUUUCCAGUUUUAGUCAAAAGCCUUCUGGUUUUGGUUGCCCUUCUUCCCCUUGAGCAUACUGGAUAAAAGAUGGUAUAAUUUGGAACCAAUGACAUCUUGUAGCCUUUCAGUACAGAGUGAGCAGCUGCAAGAAACUUUGAAUAUUAUGGUGCAAUUUGUAUUUGUCUGGAAACUUUCAGUUCUUUGGCCAGCCUAUAUAUCUUUAAAAGUGCGUGUAGUAACAUGCAGUUCUUCAGAACUUACUGUUAUGUAAGUGGAGGCACAAAUCCCCUACUAGGUAUUAGAAAUGUACAUUUGAAAGGUCCUAAAUUAUUUAAAAACACUUGAAUAUAGUGUUUUCAAAAAUAUGGGGGGGGGGUAUAUUAUUAAUUUGUAGUAUUAGCUAUUCAUUCAUUAUGGCUCUGAUCCAGCAGAACACUUACAUAUGUGGGUAAAUUUAUAUAUUUAAGUAGUGCACUUAUAUACAUAUGUAAGUAAUGGAACUGAAUCUUGUCUGCAUUCAAAAAGAAAUUCCUUUAUCCAAAGAGUAUUUCUACGAUGAGCGUUUCCCCCAUGGAUUCAUGAUAAGUGGGAACCAGACUAGCACAAAGUAACACUUACGUAUUGAGUGUUCUCCCGUGGCAUUCAGGUGUGGCUACUUACAUAUCUGGCAAUGGAGGAAGGCUGUUGUUUUCAAAUAGAAUUCAAAUUCAAAAUAUUUUGUGGGAAUGGUCUAAGAUUCAUUCUUGCUCUUCCUGCCAUUCAUUUAUUUUAUGAAAUUCUGUCUGAAAAUCUGUGUGUUACAUGGGGAGAUAGAUUAAAUAAAGGCAUCCUUCUGACCUUAGAGCCAAUGAACUUGCUCAGGUAAUGCUGUAGACUCGAAUUGUGCCCUUUCACGGGAUUUGGACCUAGAGGUUCAGGUGACAAAUGGUCAGUAUCCCGCCCAAAACAGAGCAGAGCACUGCCUGCUCAGUGGAACUUCAGAGACCAUGUCUGGGACAGGGGUCAGCACCUUCUGCACAAUUCUUGUGGGUUUUCCCCCAAAAUGCCUAAAUAAUUGCUGCCUUACUACACUUUCCUGUGCAUGUGAUAGCACAGCUCUUCAUGGUAUUAUAUUGACGUAAAACUGAUGAUAAAUAGGUCCAAAGUGUCUUACUGCUAUUUUGGAGCCAGAUUCUUGGCCUCACCAGUCCAAUGUUGAGGCUGAAGAAUUAGGCAAUACCACGUGUUGGAAGUUAACAUGCUGGUGCUUUAGCAAGUGUGUGUGAACUAGGGAAUAUCAAGCUUAUUUAGCUUUUAUACUCUAUUCACUGGUUAUUACUACUAUUUUUGGAGAUGGGAGACAAAAAAAACUUCCUAAAUAAGUUUAUCUUUUUCUGUUUUCUCAAUAACAUGUUGUUUACAAUGGCUUAGGAGAUGCCAUGCUUCAUGCUUCAGAAUCUGGGUUCCCCCAGCUGAAGCCAUCCAGCUGUGGUUGCUUUCUGGAGGCUUAAAAUACCUGGUAACAGAGAUUUACCAGGACUGCGACCUGCAUCAUCAUUACUUUGGACAGAGUAUUUGCUGAUCAUAGAUUAAACCUGUAAUAACUCAUUUCAGGUUCUUCACAUACUGGACAUGAUUCUUUGGACGUUUUCACCACUUCAGAGUGCUUAGAAAAUGGGCGGUCAACAUCAUGGUGGUAGAUUUAUUCUUUGGUAGGGAAUUGAGGCUUCUUUUUUUCUUUUAACAUCUUGUUUGACAAGUAAGAACUCAAAAAGAUUACAUGUAAACAUUGUCACAGAGUAGAGAUGUGGAGACUUCAGUGUGAGUACAGCUUAUGGUCAGGGUUCACAUGAUUUGUCUCCUUUACACUGAAUAUCACUAAUACAUGUUACUUUGUGGCCAAGGGUUUGAAAGUCUACCUGAUCCUCAGGAAAGAAAUUUUUCCUGUAUUUUCCUCAUUAUUGCAUAAAUUAUGGAGGAAAGUUAACACUAUCCAUGUCUCAUGGCCAUAUCCGUUACAUUAAACUGCAGGUUUUUAAUAACUACAGUUCAUCAUUUUAGCAGUCACUCCUCCAGUCCUUUAGUUGUGCUAUUUUUUAUUAAUACAGCCUGUUAAACACAGGCCUAGCUUUGCAAUUUCAAAGUAGCUCCAAAGUUUUCUUGACUUCAAGUGUUACAGAAUAGAUGCUUACUUAUCCAGGUUCCAUUCUAUUCUUCUAAUUAUUGCAUUAUUCAUUGUGUGUGUUGGUUUUUUUUUUUAUCUUUUUCAAUCUCAAACCACUUGUCCAAUGUUAUCCUGUAACAAUGUUUUGUUCAUUAUAUAGAAUAGGUGAAAAGCUGUGGAAUUAAUGAAGGGCUACAAAAAGCAUCCAAAAUAUUGUUCACCUUGAGGAAGGGUGAGACAGCUUGAUAAUCUCUGGACAAAAGACUAAACAACACUGUGGUGCUAAUAGGUACUGAAGUAUUUUAUGAUGUAUUCAUUCUGACUUAAAUGACAUAUUCAAGGCGUGUCAAUGAUGCAACUGCAUGUGUUUCUGUUCCUGAUGUCUGGGCUGCUCUGACAGUGUUUGUAAUUCCUGGUGGGCCAAUUCCUACCUAGCUCUUCUGUGGGAAAGUCAUUUCAGGAGUCUCUGUAGGAUUUUACCCAGCACUGUUAGGUAAAGUAAAAGCUGCAUAGACCACGGCAGUCUCGUGUAGAAUGUAUUCAGCCUGAUGUAGCAUGUUACUUUAUUUAGUUGCUUUGCUUAAGCAGGGGCUAAAAAUACAUUCUAUAGUAAUGAUGAGCAGCACUGGGCUAAAUUCUGGAAACCACUUAACCAAGCAAUAUUAGCAAGCGUUUGAAUUAAAAUGAGGGUUGAGAUCUGAAAUAUGAAUGUUCUUUCAUGGAAUACCAGGAAGAGAGGGGUAGAAUAAGUGCAAAUUCUAUCUUUAGUAAUGGGAAAAGGCCAAAUCUGGUUGACUUUAAAGUGAGCUAUGAUUCCAAAAGGAGGGUUUGUUUUCAAAAUCUUGACGACAAUAUUUCCCUUUUGAAUUCUGAACCAUAAUUUUUUUGUGUUAUUGUGCCUGGGCUGCUCAUGCAGGGCAGGUGUCUGUAUUCUAAAUAGCACUGAAAGCACUAAUAGCACUAAUCACACUUCUGACCGACAGGCCAGAAAUUUUCCUCUGUAGCAAACUCCAUAUUUGAAAACUUGGAGGGAAAUUUCCAAACAAAACAAAAAAAUACGUACAAAAUGAUCCAAAGCUGAGUUUCAGUAAGAAAAGAAGCAAAUUUUAUAUUGGUGAGAUCCACAAUUGAGGGGAGGCUUUCCUGAAAGAAGACCUGCUCUUUUCACCAGCUGAGCACACGGGAGUUUGGCCCCUGGCUGCAGUGCAUACCUUUACCAAAUGAUUUUUGCAGAACAGCAACAGUCUGGGUAGUAUUGUAGGAGCAUGGAGUGGGCACACUGCCUGUAACUCUUUAGUUUUUAAAAAACUCAUUCUUAAACAAAUGUGUAGAGUAUUAAGGAAGUUUGUAGAGUAUGUCUGAUGGUAUGAGUGUGUGGGUGCUGUGCUGUGGUAAAAAGAGAAUAAUUGGUUUAUGCUGGGUAUUUUUGCAUACUUUAGGCUCCUGUAUGGUUUUUUUUUUUAAAUUUAUAUUUAUUUCUCAGCAGAGCUUAGAGUAAUUUUAAAGUUAUAUAACCCAUGAUUUAAUGAAACCUACUGUCAGCAUCUGUUGUAAACACGUGUUUACAAAACAAACUCUUGAAUACUUGAUACUUGGAAAUAAAAAAUAGCAUAUCAUGUGUGUCGAUUGGGUCCAGAUCCUCUCUGAUUUCAGAGUAAGACUUUACACGUUCUCAUUUCUGAUACAUACAACCACAGAAAAAGGCAUCUCUCAGAUCCCCCUGCACGUCAGCAGUGUCCAAGGCCAGAGCUGUUACACCAGGGAAGGUGGGUGAGAUGAGAUUUGUCGCACAUCUCGGGUGCUGUCGCCAGUGGAGGCUGCAGAGGUGAGCGCUGGAGCACCGGCAGGGCUGCGGGAGAGGCUGUGGCGUGGCUCUGCACUGUGGCUCUGCACUGACACCUGCAGCCCGGCGCUGUGCACGCUGCAGGCACUCCAGGCACUUCAUGUGUGACACCAGUUCUGAAAUGACCCCAUUUACUGCACGUUGGUUCUCACUGAAAAAUUAUGCCACAGCACACAGACAGCACUGGGUUUUGCUGAAACUAAAGGAAGAAGUUUGUUACAACAUCACACGGACCCAGGUACCCAGGGCUGCUCAGGGCUCAAGUCUACUCCUGGGCAGAUCUUCCUUGGACAAGGAUGUUGCACCUCUUGGUUUCUCAGCCCUGAGUGUUUUACACAGAUCCUCUUUGACUGUGCUUGUGUGACUUCAGUGUAGACAGCUGGAGGCAUCUCAAGGGAUUUUGGCUGGGGCGUGGAGGUGGUCUGUGCUCAGACCUGCCCUCUAAAAUACUUUCCCUCAACUGUCGCAAGAACCUGCAGGUGACUGAGCUUCAGAAUAAUGCCCUGAUCAAAGUUUGUUUCUUUGUUUUUUGCAAAGCUGCUGGUGUGCAUUUUCCUCAAUAACAACAGGAUUCACCUACAUAUAAGAGCUCUAAGUCAUGGCCCUGCCCAUGGUGGGGGUUGGAACCAGAUGAUUUUUGAGGCCACUUCUGACCCAAGCCAUUCUGUGAUUCUGUGUCUAGUUCUGGAACUGAAGCACCAUGCAUCCUUGUCUUCUGCAGUGCUUUCAGUUGCUAGGCAGUCUCAGAAAGUGUCUCACACUGUCCAAGGAUGUGAGGGCAAUAGUGGCUGCCUUAUCUUAAAUUCCGGAGGAAUCUUUUUAUGUAACAUUGCUACCUCCCAAAGAUGUGCAAGUUUUAAAGUUCUUCCUGUGCAUCUCCAGGGGCCCUUCAGAAAGUAAUGAACUAUGCACUGCCUUUCAGAAUAGACACAUCUCUACUGCUCUGCAGAUCACAAAAAGCCACAAAAGUCAUUCUCUUGGCCCACCCCCAUGUGAGGAGCACUUGCCAGAUUUAGGCACUUGCUUCAUUCCUGAGCCUGCAACUGCCUGUGAAAGCUUCCUGACAGUCACACCAUGCACUGCUCAUGCAGGACUUGGCUGCCUCAGCUGUGGGACAAGGAGUACUGUGGAGAAAGAAAUACAAAACAAAUUGGGACAGCGACACACUGCUUAGGCUGCACACUUAGAGAUAUGACAGAUUUUGGCCUCUUUAACUUGUUUUUGUUUCAUAUUUGGUGGAUGUUUCCGAGAGAGCAAGGAUCAGAGCUCAUUGUUGUCUGUACUGCUUGCCUGCAGAGAAUGGGUGUCCUUUAUACUUCCUUUCCUCCACACUCCUAUAAGAGGCCUGUAAAAAAGGCUCCCACCUAGUUCAGAGGGUAGCGCACUGUUUAGCUGGUAGUUUAGAUGACUGAGUGCUGUCCUAGAAGAAGGAAAGUAAGUAAGAAGUGACAACUUUCAAACUAGUAAGAUGCUUUCUUCCAUUUCCUGAAUGAGUACUUCAAGCUCUCAGGUAAGGAGGAAGGACAAGUGGGUGAAUCAAUGGACCACACUGUUGCACCAUUCCCUUCUCUAUCCCUGCCCCAGCAUUGAGAGAGGAAGCACCUUGCUUGGUUCUUUCAAAGAACUGUACUUUCAAAAAAUGUAGGGCACAUUGUUGAUGCUGGAUAAUUCCCUGCAUAAAGAUACAAGAGGUGGUUGUGUGGGACCUUGCUUCAAUUUGCCUUUGUCCUUCCCAAACUUGCUGGCUCAGCCUGCUCUGCACCCUGCUUUGAGAUACAUCCUGUGCUUGCUGGGUGCUUUCAGGGCAGACUUCUCUCAGGGCUCUAUCUGACAUUGCAGUGACUGCUUUUGGAACACUUGGA